AAGAUUUUAAAAAUUUAAAGCAUUUUUCAUUGAAAUAUAAAUUUAAACGAUAUCUAUUUGAAAAUCCAAUCAAGAUGGGUAAAAAACAACAUCAAAAAGAUAAAAUGUACUUAACGUACACCGAAUGGGGACAAUUUUAUGGCGGAAAAAAGGCGGAAAAUCUUGAAAAUGAGCAUAUAAAAUUCAAGCGUUUACCAUUUGAUUAUUGUUGCAUUACUCAUAUCCCUUUCGAUAUACCGUAUAUGGAUCCAGAUGGAAAUAUUUAUGAACUUGAAGCCAUCGCAAACUUCCUCAAACAUUUCAAGAAGAGUCCAAUUACAGGAUCAUCUCUCGAUGCAAAAUCGUUGAUUAAAUUAAAUUUUGCUCGAAAUACAAAUGAUGACAGCGACGAUACAGUUCGUUUUCAAUGUCCAGCUUUAUUCAAACCUUUUACAAAAAAUAGUCAUAUUGUUGCAAUUGCUACGACAGGAAAUGUUUUUUGUUAUGAAGCAAUCGAACAAUUGAAUAUCAAAACAAAGAAUUGGAAGGAUUUGGUUAAUGAUCAACCAUUCACAAGAAAAGAUAUCAUCACAAUUCAAGAUCCUUCAAAGUUGGAAAAAUUUGACAUCAGCCAAUUCUACUUCAUCAAAAAUAAAUUGCGAGUUGAAACUGACGAAGAUCGUGCAAUGAAAAAAGAUCCAAAAGGAAGAAUCCAGAAGAUGUCAAUUGAGUUGAAAGAAACGUUAGAAGAACUUGAAGCGACGUAUAAAGAAAAAGAAAAAGAAACUGCCGAAGAUAAAAAAGUACCCGACAAAUUUAAUGCUGCUCAUUAUUCGACUGGAAAAGUUGCUGCCUCAUUCACAUCAACUGCAAUAGCGCCAUCAGUAAAAACUGAAGCUGACAUUGUCGAGGAAGAUCUCGUAAGAUAUGAAAGGGUGAAGAAGAAGGGCUACAUUAGAUUGAAUACCAACUUUGGUUCAUUAAAUCUUGAAUUGUUUUGCGAUCAAGUUCCGAAAACUUGUGAAAAUUUCCUGAAACAUUGCGCCGAUGGUUAUUACAAUGGAACGAAAUUCCAUCGAAGUAUCAGAAACUUUAUGAUUCAAGGUGGUGAUCCAACAAGCAAAACGGGUGAGUGUACAGGAAGAGGUGGUUCAUCAAUAUGGAAUACUAAAUUCGAAGAUGAGUUUAAACCGGGCCUUUCACACACUGGUCGUGGUGUUCUUUCAAUGGCUAAUUCAGGCCCCAACAGCAACGGCAGUCAAUUCUUUAUAACAUUCAGAUCUUGUAAGCAUCUUGAUGGAAAGCACACAAUUUUUGGAAAACUUGUCGGUGGACUUGAAACAUUAACUGACAUGGAACGUGUUGAAGUUGACAACAAAGAUCAACCGAUUGAAGAUAUCAUAAUUCAAAGUGCUCAAAUAUUUGUUGAUCCAUAUCAAGAAGCUGACGAGCAAUUAGCAGCAGAACGACAAGCUGAAGUUGAUAAAAUUCAAAAAGAAAAAGAUGAGAUUGAAAGUAAGAAACUUGCAGCUAAAAAACAACCACUUAAAGCUUAUAGAGAUGGAGUUGGAAAAUAUCUUACAAAACUCACAACCAAACCAGAGGCGACAUCUAGUGGAGAGCCCACAGCGAAAAAGAAGAAAAACUCAAAUUACACUUUUGAUAAUUUUAAAUCAUGGUGAAUAAAUAUUUAUGUGGCUACAUUUUAAUGAGUGAA